AUGUACAAAGAAGAUCUACGAGAGCACUGCUGUGGUGUGGGAGCUUCGGAAGGUGAUGCGGGCGCUCCCAGUGCUGCGGCCGCCCGCAGUGGUGCUUCAGACGGCGGGGAAGACGAGGCGGGAGCGAUAGGCGGCGUCGCGGCAGGCGCCGCAAGGGCAGGCGAGGCCGCGUCGGAUGAAUUUCCGGCGGCGCGGGGGAACGACCCGCACUCGCUCUCGGCGACGGAAGCAACAGCAGCGGCAGGAGCGGAUGGUGGUCACUCGAGUUGUGCUGUCAGUGCAGCAGCAGAUAGCAUGGGUGCUGUGAGCACUGUAGACGGUGGGACAGGGGAGGGAAGAACAGACUGCGCUUCCGAAGCUGAAAAGGAGGCUCGGGAAAUGAGAGCCGCGGAUGCAGCAAUCAACGGCGAGGAUCAGCCGCCGUUCCUGCCGGGCCUCCCGGACGACUUGGCUUGGGCCAUUCUUCUCCGCGUGCCUCGGAGCAACCUGCAGGUCCUCAGGGCCGUCUGCCGACGCUGGCACGACAGCCUCGGGUCGAGCCUCUACUUCCAGGCUCGGAAGAGGCUCGGGCUUACCGAGCCUUGGCUGUAUGCGUCUAUCAGUGAUUGGCAGGGCCACAACGCGUGUGUGGCGUUCGACCCGAGCAGCAGCACGUGGCACACACUGCCGCCCAUCCCAGGCGCACAGCAGCGCUCCGUGCUGACUCUGCAGUUCGCAGCAGUGAAGGGGCGGCUGCUGGUGGCGGGCGUGGUGGAGAGGGAAGACCCGCUUGACUCUGCUUCUGGCGUCUUCAUCUACCACCCUGCCCGGAACGAGUGGAAGCGGGCGGCGGCGAUUGGCACGGGGCGGUGGUUCUGCAUGUUUGGAGUGGUGGGCGGGCGGCUGUACGUGGCGGGCGGCAUUGGCACGUCUAACAGCCUGGCGCUGGUGGGGUCCGUGGAGGCCUAUGACGUGGACGAAGACCGGUGGUGGCAGGUGGGCACAGCAGCAGCAUCAGCACGAGCAGAGCUGAUGACACUACCGGGGUACCAGACAGUGGUGGGGGGGUGUCUGAUGGCGAAGAACAUCGGGUGGGGCCAGCGCCUGGGUGUGGCCUUCAACCCACGCACCAACACCGUCACCGAGCUGCCUCCUGCCAUGGUGCAGGUGAGGGCACCAUGCGCUGUGGUGGGUGUGUGCAAGACUGGGGCACAGGGCAGUGGUGCGGCAGAGGGCAGCGCGUGGGCGUGGCUAUCAGUCUACGCACCAACACCGUCACCGAGCUGCCGCCCGCCAUGGUGCAGGUGCGUGCGCCGUACUGCCCCGUGGCCCAGGUAA